CAAAUUUGAGACCACGAGGUUCGGCGCAGGGGAUAGUCAGGGAUUGGGUGCGCUCAGUUCGAGUGGUGUCCUGUGGGUUUCGAAUAGGUUCAUGCAUAAGUGUUUGGCAUAAUUGUGGUCCUGAGAGAUGUCACCAGCGAACCAGAAUGAUCCAAAUGUUUUACCCUCCCGAGAAAACUCGGUUUUCAAGAAGAUCGUGAAAUGCUACGAGCAUAAACAGUACAAAAAUGGGUUGAAAUUCGCCAAACAGAUAUUGGCGGCGCACCCGGACCACGGAGAGACGCUCUCCAUGAAGGGCCUCAUCCUCAACUGCAUGGGCAAGAAGGAGGAGGCCUACGACCACGUGCGCAAGGGCCUGCGAAACAACCUGCGCUCGCACGUGUGUUGGCACGUGUACGGCAUCCUGCAGCGCUCCGACAAGAAGUAUGACGAGGCCAUCAAGUGCUACCGCAACGCACUCAAGUGGGACAAGGACAAUAUUCAGAUACUGCGCGACCUCUCGCAACUGCAGAUCCAGAUGCGCGAUCUCGAAGGAUACCGGGAAACGCGCUACCAGCUGUUCGUGUUGCGGCCGACACAGCGCGUGUCGUGGAUCGGCUACGCCAUGUCGCAGCACCUGGUCAAGGACCACGACAUGGCGCUGAGCAUCCUGGAGGCGUUCCGCGAGACGCUCACCAAGGACUCGGCCGACUUCGAGCAGAGCGAGCUCAUGCUGUACCAGGCCAUGGUGAUCCGGGAGGCCGGCCGGCUACAGGAGGCGCUGGAGCACCUCGACAAGUACGAGCAGCAGAUUUGCGACAAGGUCACCGUGCAGGAGAUGCGAGCGGAGAUCCUGCUGGACCUGGACCGGGGCGCCGAGUCGGCCGCCAUCUACCGCGCCCUGCUGAAGCGCAACCCGGAGAGCCGGCGCCACUUCGCGGCGCUGGAGCGCGCGCUCGGCCCGGCCUCCGAGGACGAGCGGCUGGCCGUGUACCAGGAGUACCAGCAGCUGUUCCCGCGCGCGCACGCGCCCAAGAAGCUGCAGCUGUAUAUCGUUAGAGGGGAGAAGUUCCGCUCGCUGGUCGACGAGUUCCUGCGGCAGGGUCUGCGCAAGGGCGCGCCGCCACUCUUCACCGAUCUCUCGACGCUGUACCACGACAACGAAUGGGUGUCGGUCAUCGAGGACGUGGUGCUCGGCUUCGAACGGUGUCUGGCCGAGCGGGGCUAUUUCAGCAGCGAAGACGCCGAGGCCAGCAAUCCGAAGGAGGCUCCGUCGUGUUUAGUGUGGACAUAUUACUACUUAGCGCAACACUUUGACUUCAAACGUGAUAUAGAGAGGGCGCUAGGCUACAUAGACAAGGCAUUAGAACAUACUCCCACGCUUAUUGAGCUGUUCGUCUUCAAGGCCAAGAUAUUCAAGCACGCGGGCAACGCGAUUGAGGCGUACAAGUGGAUGGACGAGGCGCAAGGCAUGGACACGGCCGACCGCUACAUCAACUCGAAGGCGGCCAAAUACAUGCUGCGCGCCAACAUGCUGUCCGAAGCCGAAGAGCUCUGUUCCAAGUUCACGCGGGAGGGCGUUCAGGCGACCGAGGACCUGAACAAUAUGCAGUGCAUGUGGUACCUGACGGAGAUGGCGCGCGCCUACCAGCGCCUCGGCCGCUGGGGCGACGCGCUCAAAAAGUGCCAUGAGGUGGACCGGCAUUUCUCGGACAUCAUCGAGGACCAGUUCGACUUCAACACGUACUGCCUACGGCGCAUGACCAUCCGGUCGUACGUGGGUCUGCUCAGGCUGGAGGACGUGUUGCGGCGGCACCCGUUCUACUUCAAGGCGGCUCAGUGCGCCAUCGAGGUGUACCUGCUGCUGCACGACACGCCGCCCGUCCAGAACCACGAGGAGCAGACCAUCAACACAGAGAACCUGUCGCCCGAGGAGGUGAAGAAGCUGCGCUCACAGCAGCGCAAGGCUCGCAAGAAGGAGCGCCAGGAGCAGGAGCGCAAGCAACAGGAGCUGCUCAAGAAGCAGCAGCAGCAGCAGAACCAGCGCAAGGACGACCAGGAGGAGAGCAAACACGACGAGCUGCAGCCUGAGAAGCUGGCGCAGACGCCCCAGCCGCUGGAGGAGGCCACCAAGCUGCUGCAGCCGCUGCUGCAGCUGGCCGGCAGUCGGAUAGAGACACAUCUGAUGGCGUUCGAGAUAUACUACCGGAAAGGUCGCAUCCUGCUGAUGCUGCGCGCGCUGAAGCGAGCGCACGGCAUCGAGCCGCAGAACGGCCGGCUGCACUCGCAGCUGGUGCGCUUCCGCCGCCACCUGGCGGAGCAGCAGCUGGGCCCGGCCGUGCGCGCCGUGGUGGAGCAGGCGGCGCCCGCCCUCUACGGCGAGCGCUCCUGCCAGCAGCUCAACGACCAACUGCUGGCCGCGCACCCCGACUCGCUGGCGCACGUGCUCGAGGGCGCCCGGAUGUCGUAUUUCUUGGACCAGAGGAGGGACGAGCAGGCUGUCCAGCUGGUCAGCAACCCGGACGCCUUUCCCAACUGCACGUGGCAGAUGUGUCGGGACGUGUUGGCGGCGAUGCAGGCCGGCGAGCUGGGACCUGCCGGCGUGGCGGCGGCCGACGCGUACCGCUCGGCCUGCGCGCGCCGAUUCGCCUACUGCGCGCUGCUGGGCGGCCCGCUGCCCCGGCCUGAGCCGAGCCCGGCCGCGCCGGCCGAGAACAACGGCCCGCUCACCGUCAAAAACGUGCCCGAGAACAACUGACCCGCGCCGCGCGCCGCCUGGCGGCUCCCGCCACAGUGGUAGUUCCGGUCUGGACCGUCGCGCGGCGCGACCAGUUCGCCUUUGGCCGGCGGUCGGCGUUUGGAAAUUUUGUACAGUUUGUAUCAUACUAUCGCUGGGUUUUGAAAGCUAGUCUAUGACGUUAAUCCGCAGCCACUGGGACCGGCGACUUCUGUACCCCGGAUCCGGCAAUGUCUGUUGUCCACGUCCCGUUUCCCGCCUCGGGAGGAUCUUGGUUUGUCACGGAACGGCGGGAAUGAAUUUGAUUUUACCUCUGUGAUCGCUCUGAAUCACUGAAAUACCGGUCGAACCCUCAUUUAUUGCUCCAAUACGAUUGGAUGAAAAUGCACCUCGUCUUGCAACUUAAGUUUGUCUUGUGUGACCUUAUUUAUAGCAAUAAUUGUUUUGAGUUGACAGCAUAGUGUGUACAGAUAAUGCUCCCGUUUGCCUGUAGAUUUCGCCGGUCCUCGAUUGAAUAAACUUUUAUAAAACA